CGAAUAUGUACGUGAUAAAGCCCUGAAGGCAGGUCAGCGAAUUGUUAAUUUAUAUGCAGAAACUGCUGUAGCGCUUUUACUUCCAGAACUUGAAAAAGGACUUUUUGAUGAUAAUUGGCGAAUAAGGUAUAGUUCAGUUCAAUUACUAGGAGACUUAUUAUAUCGUAUAUCGGGAGUAUCUGGAAAGAUGACAACAGAAACAGCUAGUGAAGAUGAUAAUUUUGGUACCGAACAUUCACAUACAGCAAUAAUUUGCUUUUUGGGCGAUGAACGAAGAAAUAGAGUAUUAUCUGGACUUUAAAUGGGAAGAAGUGACGUAUCGUUGAUGGUCCGACAAGCUGCAUUGCAUGUCUGGAAAGUUGUUAUGACAAAUACUCCGAGGACUCUGCGAGAAAUUCUGCCGACACUGUUUGGUUUACUUCCAGGAUGCUUAGCUAGCACAAGCUAUGAUAAAAGACAAGUGGCUGCCCGAACUUUAGGGGAUUUGGUAAGAAAACUAGGAGAACGAGUUUUACCAGAAAUCAUUCCUAUCCUUGAAAAUGGACUAAACUCUGAUCAACCUGAUCAACGCGAAGGAGUCUGCAUAGGACUAUCUGAAAUAAUGGGCUCUACAUCAAAAGAAAUGGUUCUUACGUUUGUGCACAGCCUCAUUCCUACAGUCCGGAAGGCUUUGUGCGAUCCCUUACCUGAAGUUCGAGAAGCAGCAGCAAAGACAUUUGAAUCUUUACAUAGCACAGUAGGCGCUCGGGCGUUAGAUGAUAUUCUUCCGUUUAUGCUAGAGGGUCUCUCAGAUCCUGACCCCUGUAUUGCUGAGAAUAUUUUAGAUGGACUUAGACAGGUAAUGUCUAUAAAAUCAAGAGUAGUGUUGCCAUAUCUUGUGCCCCAAUUAACAUCUCAGCCUGUUAAUACAAAAGCAUUAUCUAUUCUUGUAUCUGUGGCUGGUGAAGCAUUGACCAAAUAUUUGCCGAAAAUAUUAUCUGCAUUAUUAGAGGCUCUAUCAGGAGCCUAUGGAUCUCCGCAUGAACUUCAAGAGAUUGAUUAUUGCCAAACUGUUAUAUUGUCAGUAACAGAUGAAACUGGAAUUAGAACAGUAAUGGAUACACUGCUAAUUUCAGCAAAUUCUUCUAAUCUAUGCACACGAAAGUUCUCAGCCAGUUUGCUAUCUGCAUUUUGUAUUCAUUCACCGGGAAAUUACUCGCAAUACAUUCCCCAACUUUUAAGAUCCUUACUUAAAUUAUUGGUUGAUAAUGAUAAAGAUAUUUUACAGAAAUCAUGGGAAGCUCUCAAUGCUGUAAUUAAAGGCCUGAAUGUCGCCCAGCAAAUCUCGCAUUUCUCUGAUUUGGCUGCUCCAUUGAAUCAACUUCGCAGAAAAGACGUAGCCUUCUUUUUUGGUCCACAACAGCAGCAGGCUUUUACAGCUCUUAAGUCCCACAUCAUUAACGCAACGCAGCUAGCUCACUUUGAUGAAAAAUUACCGCUAGUGCUCGCUACAGAUGCCUCAUCCUUUGGCAUCGGGGUAGUCCUUUCGCAUCUUCAGCCAGAUGGCGGAGAGAGACCCAUUGUUUUCGCAUCUAAAACGCUUGACAAGCAUCAGGUUAAAUACAGCCAAAUCGAAAAGGAAGGACUUUCCAUAACAUUUGGAGUAAAGCGUUUUCAUCAAUACCUUUAUGGCAGAAAGUUUAUCCUAAUCACAGACCACAAGCCUAUCGACUCACAUCUGCUCAUGGUAAUGCAGAUGCUCUUUCACGCCUCCCAGUGGGUACAGAUCCAGACUUCGACAAAGAACAGGAAGCUUGCCACAAUGUAG